GGUGACGGACGUCCGAGGGUGGGGAGCGUGGGUCCUGACAUGGGUUGCCAGCCGUGGAAAAUGGGGUGUUCUGGUGCAUGCAGGAGUGUGGUCUGAGAAUAAAAAAAGGGAGAAGGCUGCUAAGAGGCGAAUUCAAGGGGCUAAAGACAAUAUGGGACUAAUGAGGGAAACCGCAUCUUCAUGAGGAAAGGAGAACUAGAUGGUGUGGGCGAUCUAGAACGGUUGUGGCCUUUGCAGAGGUGGCUGAGAACGCUUAUUUGGAACGAUGCCCCGCAAGAAAAACCUGACUAACUUGUGAAGGCUAUUAUAUAAGUAUAUACUUCCUAGUAACAUGCUCAGCUGUGGAAAAAAUAUGGGAGACGACAGGCCAUUUGUGUGCAAUGCCCCAGGCUGCGGACAGAGGUUUACAAAUGAGGACCACCUGGCAGUUCAUAAACUCAAGCAUGAAAUGACCCUGAAAUUCGGUCCUGCCAGAACAGAUUCAGUCAUCAUAGCAGAUCAGACACCAACACCAACCCGUUUUCUGAAGAAUUGUGAGGAAGUCGGCCUCUUCAAUGAGUUGGCAAGCUCAUUUGAGCAUGACUUCAAGAAAGUCACAGAAGAUGACGAGAAAAAGUGUUCUGGACCCCUGGAUAUGUCUCUCCCCUCUACUCCAGACAUCAAAAUAAAAGAGGAAGAGCCGGUUGAAGUGGAUUCUUCUCCUCCGGACAGUCCGGUAGCGAGUCCACAGUCACCACAGGCCAAGGAGAAGGAGGGUGCUUCAAAGCCUGUUAUCAUUUCUACACCUACUCCAACCAUUGUACGUCCUGGGUCACUGCCACUGCACUUAGGAUAUGAUCCUCUGCAUCCCACUCUUCCUUCUCCAACCUCUGUCAUCACCCAAGCUCCCCCUUCCAACAGACAGCUUGGAUCUCCAACCAGCUCUGUACCGCUUGUCAUGCACCUUGUGAACGGACAGACCAUGCCAGUCCUUCCUGGCCCUUCUGUUCAGAUGCCUUCUGUCAUAUCGCUGGCGAGGCCUAUGUCUGUGGUGCCAAACAUUCCUGGUAUUCCUGGCCCCCCAGUCAUCAGCAGUGGCUCCAUUUCGCCAUCAGGCCUUCCAGUGCACUCAGAAGCUAAAAUGAGGCUAAAAGCCAGCCUGACACAAGGAGUUACUUCCUCACUAAAUGGCAGUGGCAUGAUGGUGGGUUCAGCAAGCACAAUGGUGACAUCUCAUCCUGAACAGGGUCAAAUACUCAUCCAGCACCCUGAUGCACCUUCUCCAGCCCAGCCACAGGUUUCCCCAGCUCAGCCCACACCUAGCACAGGAGGCAGACGGAGGCGCACGGUGGAUGAAGAUCCAGAUGAACGCAGACAGCGUUUUUUGGAACGGAACCGCGCUGCAGCUUCCCGCUGCCGCCAGAAACGCAAACUCUGGGUGUCGUCCUUGGAGAAGAAGGCAGAGGAACUCACAACACAGAACAUCCAGCUAAGUAACGAAGUCACAUUAUUACGAAACGAAGUUGCUCAACUCAAACAGCUGUUGCUGGCUCACAAAGACUGCCCUGUCACUGCAUUACAGAAGAAAACACAAGGUUAUCUCGAAAGCCCCAAGGAGAGUUCUGAGCCUACAGGUUCCCCAGCUCCUGUCAUCCAGCACAGUUCUGUGACGGCCUCUCCCAAUGGGCUGAAUGUCCGCUCUGCAGCUGAAGCUGUCGCCACUUCAGUCCUCACUCAGAUGGCAAGCCAAAGGACAGAACUGAACGUGCCCAUGCAGUCGCACGUCAUUAUGGCUCCCCAAUCCCAGUCUGCUGGCAGAUGAUGUCACAAAUCGUGUGACAUAGAACUAACCAAUAAGAACUUGCAGCCGGAGAGACUGAUCAUAACUAAGCCCCUUGAUCAAUUUGGGGUGGAUACAGUUUUUGUUUUGUUUUUUCUUAAAGUGAGUUAAGGGCAGCUAUGGAGCUUCUAACUAAGUAUAUCUCAUUCAGAUCCUGGCCCAAAGUAGUUGACAUAUGACCAUCACAUUUCUAAAGGAUGGCUUCAGAAUGAGCAACUUCAUCAUCCCUUAGAGACAACCAGUCAUCGUCUAGAAUCAACAGUCCAUGUAGCUUUGCUCAGUGUGGUCUUAAAUGGUUAAUGUUCAGGUAUAAGUUCCACUAACACUAAGCCUCCCUUAGCUUGGUUACUCAUGGUGCUUCCUUGAGUCGGCUGCUUUUGCAAAGGAAAACAGCUCUUGGGAGAGGCUGUGACAUUUUGCUGGGGCUGCCCGUUUUUUAAAAAAUAGCAUCAUUGCUUUCAGACACCUCUGGUGUAUCCAUCGCAGCUGUAACUGGCUUUCAGAUCUGCACUUUCACACAGGACUCAAGCUCAAGGCUCUGAAGGUGGUAAGCUCCAUAACUUUUGUAGGUUUGAUCUCCCUCCCCCAACCCCAUUCCCAACUGUUUUGUGAAGCAAGUAAGCAACUUCACUCAUAGCUGCUGUGAUUGAUGGGUGUUUGCAGUUGCUGGAGUGGAAAUGGAAAGCCUAUUAUGUGCAUCUCAAAUUGCAUAGUCUGUAGCUACACGCAUUAUCAGGGAUGAGCGCAUUAUCACUCACCUUUUUAUCUGGUACAGUUUCUAGCCCAUUUUGGCUGUGGAGGUAAUUAUCAAAGCAUGAUAGGAAGUACCUGGUGUUUCAUUUGCUAGGAAGGAGGAAUAGGUAGUACUUCCACUGAUCAGAAGGCAGAGCUUUAGCACUUUGUGCACCUCCUAGCCCCUUCCUACAUCUAGCAGACGUAGAAUGAAAUUAAACAAUUAGGAUAUCUGUGUGUCUGCAGAAAAUGCUCCACCCUCUACAUAAGCCCUAAGUGUGUCAGCCUUAGCUAGGCACCUGCUGCAGUGGCUGGCUCAUACAAAGCUGAGCCGGGAUGAUGUAGGAGUUGCCCUGCUGGGAAAAGAACGUUUCUCCAUAAGUCACAUAUUUGAAAGAUUUCAAAACCCCUUUGAACCCUGUGCAUUUCAAAGGAUAGUCUUGCAUUUAACCCAGUGAACUUACCAAGGCUGUGACCUUAAAUCAUGGACUGUCUAUUUCAAGGGCAAGAGGUUUGGAUUAGCAUUCCAACCUGCCUGCCCUCUUUUCUUUCUCUUUUGAAUGCCCCUGCCUGCUUUGAGUAAUGAUACACCCACUACUACUUCUCCUAGCCACCCUUUUCAGUGCAAGACUCCUAGAAUACCAGUGUCAGAAGGUAUAUUUAAAAACUAAAAACCUUGGCAUUUUAAAGGCACUUGGAAUGGUUUUCUUCCUGUUGCCUCUGCUUAUUGCCAAAACGUGUGUCUGUGUGCACAAAUCUUUUCCUCAAAUUGACCUUGACCUCUUGCUAGCUGGGCAAUUGUCAAUAUUUAGCCUGAAUCUCAAAACGAGGAGGAAGAAGAGAUGUGAUGGUUAUGUUGAGGCUAUUAGCAUGCAAGCCCAUACAAUGCCAACAUUUCCUCAAUUUCAUCUUCUGAAAUCUUUUUUUUUUUAAUGAAGCAUUCUUUUCUUUUUAAAGGGCUCUGUACUCCAAGCUGCCAAACAUUAUGAGGUUCAUAAUUACUGACUUUUUAAGUCCCAAUUUUGGCCAAUUCACUCAUUAGAAUAUAUAGUAUAAACGUAUUCAGGAGUCUUGGUAUCAAUUGGACAAUGCACAUACGUCAGGACUUGUGCAGAUGUUCUGGGGUGAGUGAGCUCUCUUGUCUUUCUAGCUUCUCAGGGCCUCAAAAUCAUGUUUUUUUACCCCAUUUCCUUGCCUUAGCAAAAUCUUGGUUCUAGUCUAUUCUACUGUGACCUUUUCUUUUUCCUUUCUCCUCUUGGUUCCUUUUCCUUCCUCCUUUGUUUAAAAUCAGCAAGAAACUUGUUCUGAAUGUCUGCAGACUUCUUUUUAGCAAGCAGGUCAGACAUCCGGUAACUUGUCUUUUCUUCCCCUCCCCUUUAUUUAAUAUGUUGAAUAUGCACAUAGGAAAGUGCUUUGAAUAUCACUUGUCCCAAUAGGGUAUCUGUUUCCUUAGUGACAGCUCUGAAAACAAGACACAGCAGGUGCAGCAGCCAGGAUCCUCUAAGGAUAAUAGAACAAAAAAGGAGGCUUGCUGGCUAGAGGACAGAUUGAAACUUUUUUUUUUUUUUUGCAUCUUUCAAAGCCCAACAAUGCUGUGUUUUCAUUUAAAAAAAAAUCUCAAUCCUUUUUAUAGUGGAAUGAAUGCCAGAAAGGGUUGGAAGGUAAGGUAUUGAAGUUGGUCCCAUUUUCCAGGAGAAAAGGGAUCCAGGGCAGGGUUGAAUCAGAAAUCUGAAUUGGUACCAAAUCAUAAUAACAGCCACCACAGUAUUGUGGAAGAUAACAUAUGAAGCUGACUCUAGUAACUCACUACUCAGGCUGGUGGUAGUUGUCCAAGGCCUUGGGCAGAGAUGCUUCCCUCCGCCCUGCUUCCUGUGAUCCCUUGAGCUCACUGUUCUUCACAUGUCCCCAGAUGUUGUUGGAUUACAACUCCCAUCAUCGUUGACCAUUGGCUAAGCUGCCUAGGGGUUGAUGGGAGUCGCAGUCCAACCAUAUCUGGGGACCCAAGGCUGAAGAACAGUGCUUUAGCUGGAAAUCUUGAGGAUUGAAUCUGCGGGCCCUGUGCAUGUCAAGCACAUGCUCUAUGUCCCUAUAGUAUGACCUGUCUCCUAAUCAGCAUCCAUUUGAAUGUUCAGUAGAAAGUCAUCUUAAACAUUGAUCUAGAGCAGCCCUCUGCAACCCUGGGUCCCCAGAUGUUGCUGGACUACAACCUCUGUCAUCCCCAGCCAGCAUGACCAGUGGUCAGGGAUAAUGAGAGCUAUAUUCCAAUAACAUGUGGGGACCCAAGAUUGGGGAAAGCUGCUCCAGAGCAGUGUGAAAGAUACCGUGGUGUAGGCCUGGCCCUGCCUGCCUGCCUGCCAUUCACGGGUUCAUCAUCUCUGCCCCAUCCUGUUAUUACCAGUGGCUGUCACACCUCUAGUUCCCAGCUGCCACGUUUCUUUACAUAUAACCUUGCAGUUUGCACAUAAAUGUGCAGAAUCAUAAGGUAAUACAAUGACCAAGAGUGGAUUUUAAAAAACAGCCGUCAUAAAUAGCGGGAACAGGCGCAACAGUAAUCUGAAGGAAAGGGAAACUUCAUAGAUGCCAUUGUGGUGGCUUGUUGGGCCUGGAACGGUCCACAUGCUGUCUGCUAAGGAAUGAAGAAGCUAUAGGCUCAAAUCUUUAUCCUUGUAACAAUGUUUCUAACUAAAUUUCCAGAUUCACUAAUGCUCCGACUUUUUAUAAUGGCAUGUGUCAAGUAUAAUAUCCUGCCAGUCCGUUUGAAACAGGAUGAACGCAGCCCAGCUCCAUGAAUGCAGUGUAUUAAUAGCUUAACACAUGGAUAUGACAGAAAUCAAAUUUCCUAUGCUGAGAAAGGGUAUCUGGCAGCCCAGGAGCACAUGUGCUGGACCUCUAAUACUACAUGUAGUGGGGAAAUGGCAGCAAGUGUAAAGCUGGAGCUGAUCAGCAAAAAGAGGGCGAGGAUAAUGACUAAUACUGUUCUUCAUGUCUCUGUCAUGAAGUGGUGGGGGUUGGGGGACAGAAGGAAGGGAGGCAAAACUGACGUAUUGAGUAGGGCCCAUUAUGUAUUUGCGGUAUUUACCUCGUCGAAAAUCUUGCAUGUCCCCAUAGUGUGUAAGAACAGGAUUAAGCUACAUAUCAGCCCCCAGGGCACUAUUACGGACCCCAUGAGCUGUAGCUGCAACUUUGGAGAAACUCGGCUGUUGUUUCCAUUACAGUUUCCAGCUCUUGUGGAUGGAGGAAAUGUGUUUGGGGGAAUGUUACAAACCCUCCACCUGUCAUUUGGUAUCUGCUAAAUUCUUAAAAACCAUAUGCACAGUGUCUAGUUGAAAUAGACUCUAAGAGCAAAAGUAUUUUUAAAAAAUCACUAUUUCUGAAAUUUGUUUGAAGGAAGUAAUUUCUCGUGUGUUUUUUUGUUUGCUGCCUUGUAGCCCUCCCUUUCCUCUGGCCCUGCUGCAGUGUGGGAGCCUUUUUCCUUUCUGUGUGCUGCCAGGGAAUGUGGGAAUGAAUCGACCAUGAGGGUAGAACCAGUUGCAUGGGCCUCUGCCUACCAGUUGUCGCCCUGCUGAGAGGGAAGAGCAUUGAAGACCUACACAACUUGCUCUGCAUUCAUUGUUCCAGUAUUCACACACAUACACACACCACAACAAUGUGAAAUCUAACACCAAGGGGAAGCAGCACCCAUGCCACUGCAGGUGUGUGUAAUGUACAUCCCUGUUCAUGGCAUUUGCUAGUGCAGGGAGACCUUGGUCAGCUGCGUUCUCCACGAGAGACACCUUUCACUGUAUCUCCUGCUCCUCUAAACCCAGCUGCUAAUUAGCAUAACUUGUUGGAAAACACUGAGUUCAUUCCUGCAACUCAGACAAUCAAUAAAUUGGAGUUAUGGCAAGGAUCUGGUGCCAAAGGAUCCAUCUUGCAGCACCCUCAGUUACUAGACCAAGAGGUUAGCAGAUACGUUUACUCUAUGGAAGUGUAAGUCAACUUCUAAAUGUGGUUCCCUUGAGCUAAGCAUGGAAUAGCUCUAGCCAGCAGCCCUAGCACAGGGGGAAAUGUAGGUGCAGUGAGGGACAAAUUGGCUAUGUAUGGUAAGGUGGAGUGUCACAGCUCAUCUACAUAUUCAUGUACAAGCAAUCUAAUUUUCUUCUGAUACAGGUUAUUUUCUGGUUGUCGCAGGGAAGAUUACUACAGAUGUCAGGAAUGUUGUCCAUAUUCACAAGUUGCAUUUAGAAGAGGCAUGUGCUACAGCUCUAAUAGGAUUGUACUAUUCCAAAAUGAAAAUAGCAUUGUGAGGGGGGCAUGAUGAAGGCUCUCCUUCAUCAAAAUUCCCUGUUUUGCAGCAAAGCUAGCAAGUUCAAAGAAGUAUUCUAGCCUCCUCUUUGAUGUGCUAGUGUUUUACAUACAUGAUGUGUAUGUGGGGGGGAAUCAUAUCGAUGCUCCCGUCUCUAAAUUCUGAAGUAGUACAGUCCUAGGAGGACUGUAUCAUGUGGUGGUGAAUCUUGACAUGAAAAUUGAGCUCUGAUUGGUGAUAAAACCUGUCACCAUUUCAAAUAAACUAAAUGGGAAAGUUGGCUCAGUUGGAUUGUUCGUUAUGCAAGGGACAUCUCUACAAAAAUGUCCACAAAAGGCAAUUGUUAGGUUAUGCCUAGGAUCCAAAGAAGUGCAGAAGCCCAUCACAAGAGACAUGUUCUUUGAAGGGUUGCCCCCUCCCAGCAUAUUGCAAACUGUUUUUGAAACAUUUCUCUGUUGUUUGUUACAUGGUAUUUGGGGCAGGGGAGGGAGAGAGAGAAGAUGUGCUGUUUGAGACAAACACUUUUUUAAAGUUCCUCUAGAUUCCGGAGAAGUAGACCAUAGUUCUUUAGAUCCUGGCCUGUGUGGCAUUUACCUCUGAGUUGCUGCCACUACAGGAUGCAUCAGAAAUCUAGUGGAUCAUCUCGCAGAAAAUUGGGGUAGGCGUGAGGAAUCUGUGGCCCUCCAGAAGCUGCUGGAUGCCAAGUCUUAUCACCCUGAUCAUUAGCCACACAGACUGGGGCUGAUGAAGUCCCAACAACAUCUGGAGACACCCCACUCCUGCUUUCCAGCAUCUCCAAGACAUACUUGUCUCAAUAUUUCCUUUUAAAAUAUUAGCAACAGACUAGAUGGCUCCAGUGGACCUUGGAUAUCUCUAGCUGCUGCUUAAAGAGACGUUCUUGGAGCAUUCUUCUUUCAAAAAGGUGAACAUACCAUUUGUGCACAACCCUCUAUGGAAAACCAAUAUCCCAUUCUACUUCUAGUGUUUUAAAUCAGUGGCUCUUUAAGUGCAGCCUAGGCAUGUUCUUCUCAGCUUAGAAGAUCCAGAUAUUUAAUUUGAGCCUUGCUCUACAGUUGGAUCUCCACAUGAGUUCAGUAUGAAGAAGCUUGCAGAAGCAAUUCUUUGCCAGAGUUGGCCUGUAUAGGAAAUUCAUCUGACCGAAGGCUGACUGUUGUGCUCCACAAACCUCAGCGUACCUUCCUCAUCCUCCCCAUGGUAGAGAUGAAGGGCAUUUUUCUACUCCUCUGUAGGAAGAACUGUCCAUUAUCUCUAAACCAAGAAUAUUACUUUCCUAACUCUUCUGGUAGUCGAGGCCUGCCCUCCAUUAGGACAAAUACUUAGAUUGCAACCUAGCCUAACACAGCCCUGUCUGUGGUACUGAGCAGCCUAUUGUUCAGUGGGUGGUACUCCCCUCAACAGCUUUGGCUUCUUGCCAUUCUCCUGCUGAAUCCUCCUCCGAUCUGUUCUCCCAUGCUAAUAGAAAACGGAAAUCAGUGCAUUGUAUGUCGCUAGGCUCUGGGCUUAUGUUGAGAGAUGUACACCAGCUAUAUAGGGUUUUGGGGAAAUUACCAUUUCCCUGCUGCAAAAUAUAAAAAGGAAGAGAGAUUUUAGAACCUCAGACUUGCUUGUCCCUAACUAGGUUGCCUGCCUCCAACACCCAGUUGUUGUUGUUAUACAUAGUAGCAGUAAAACAGUGGGGCUUGUGACAUACCAGCAUAAUGGGGAGUUACUCCCCACCGUUAACCUUACUUGCUAGUGCACAUGGCGUGUGUUGAGGUCAGGCCACAGCUGAUGCAUUUUGAAAGUUGUUCUAAAGUGUUAGCUGCUAACCCUUUUCUUGCCCUCGUUUUAAUAGACAUGUUUGCAUUCAAUUUUUUUUAAAAAAAAAAGAAAGAAAGAUGACUGGCAACUGCAAAAGCGAAUGCUUUCCUUUUUAUUUGCCUGCUAUGAAUACUGUUAGAUUUCCUCUUGCUUGCAUUCUCUAGACAACCUGCUGAUGAGAAUCAAUAUCCAUUUGGAUAUUCCUUUCCAUACCUCUAGCUGGAGGCAAUGGUUUACUUCAGUUUUGGUUUUGUCUUCCAUUCCUUUGGGGUUGUUAAACUUUCUCUCUCAGUGAAAGGUACUUUUCCCAACUUAGAGUCUUGAGCUGGCUGGUAAAAUAUGUUUGCUCCCUUUCUUUUCUAUGGAGAACUUUUUUUUAAAGGGCUAAAUCCAAACAGAUGGUUCUGGUUCCAUCUGAACAAUAAAUCCUUCUGUCAUAUUUUCCCAUCACACCUCCACCCUGUUUUACCACCCACCCACAUCUCAACUGUUUGCCAAAAUCCCUUCCCUCAGUUUUUACCACCCACCCACAUCUCAACUGUUUGCCAAAAUCCCUUCCCUCAGUUAGAAGGAAGAGUUGCCCUCUUGCAUUGCAGACUCUGCACAGUGUCUUGGAAGAAACUCCAGGCCCUGCUUAGUGCCAUAUCUAGUUUGCUAAUGUAUAGGUGUGCCCGCCGUUUCCACAAAAUUGUUUCCUUUUUUGAUAGGACAUGGAAUGUUUUGGCUUGUAUGUGUGAUUGUUGGCCCUCGUGCAUGAUCUACAUUUCAUUGGGGGGGAACGGCUCUGCUUUUCUGGCUUAUUUCUUUCAAAUAAUAUAUUAUGGCUUGGAAUGCUAUUCCUUCUGAGCUCUGAUGUGUUUACGAUAUGUUCAGAAGAGCAGAAAUUGAAUCCAGGUAUUUGCAGGCAGCUCUUUCCAUGGUUUAGACUGAAAACAACAUUAAAUAGUAAGCUCUAAAGCAUGUAGAAAGUCACUGGGCUGCUUCGGUCUUCUGGGGCAACCAGUGCAAAUUGAGAGCAUCUGCCUGCUUCCCUUCACCAUUUAAGGAUGCCCACCAGAGGGUCUUUCCCCAGGUCCCCCAGAAUCCUGGCUGUGGCUUCUGGUCUAGAAUCUCGGUGAUAUAGGUAGUGCUAAUUCUGAGAUGCUGAUAGGUUGCUGAUUCCACCCACCCACCUCAUGGUUUGUUUCCCCCCCCCUUGCUAUCCACAUGCCAGAAAUUGUCAGUUUUUCAGUCAAAAACCUCCAUAAGUACCCCAGAUAGUAUAGAGGCUGAGUUAUGGCAAGGCUAGCACACUUUUCUCAAGUUUCAUUGAAUUGGUUCACUGUGCCUUUCCUUCUUCCCUUGCCCACUCCUUUGUGAUUCUUAAGUUACAUCCACACACUAUGGCAUUUAAAGCACAUUUAUGCCACAAACAGUCAUGGGUUCCUCCAAAGAAUCCUGGGAACGGUAGUUUAUUCUUCACAGAGCUCCAGCACUCUUAAUAAACUACAGUUCCCAGAAUCCUUUGGGGGAAACCAAGUGCUUUAAAUGCAUGGUGUAGAUGCGACCUCAGUAUGUUAAUAGUGGGGUGAAAAGCAUGGAGGUCUAAUAAAGGUACAAGCUGAAUGAGGGUGGUGGUGGAAGAAAACACCCACUUUUACCUUUUGAUACAUAUGUAAGUUGACUUGAAGCUUUAGAAAAAGAAAACUCCAGACCCAGCUCCUACUGGCAGAAGGUUACAUUCACUCUAGCACUAAAAUUAUGAAUGGAAGUGCUCCUAUCACUGUUCUUUAGGGUUGCAUUAGACUUGUUUCUGGCAUUUCCAGUUUUAGUUGGGGGGAGUCACACCUCUUCUCCCCACCCACCCUUCUCAGUACACCAAAGAAAAGCAGAGGUUUUAAAUAUGGUUAGAACAACAAAAAGUCCUUAAUAGGGAUGUGUUAGAAUUUCACCCAAUUCAGAUGUGAAACCAAAUUUUCCAUUAAUUUGCUUAUUCUCUAUCAUUUAUCAGAGUUUUAUGUAGUGAUUUUCUACAGUUAUUUUCAAGAACAUGUUUUUUAAAAAAUGUGCCUCUAAAAAUCUCAAUAUUGAGAAUAUUUUUUCAGUAUUUCCUUUCAUUUAUCAAUAUUUCAUUUUAAAAUGGCAAUAUUUUCUUUCAAAAGAUCAAUAUUUCCUUUAUAAAACCAUUACUAAUGUCUUUCUUUUUUAUGCGGGGAAAAAUGGGUCAGUAAAAGCAGCAGCUGGCAAACAGAACAAACCCAAAUUGAUAGCAGCCUGUUGGGUCAGUGGAGUGCUUUCGAUCUGGCACCAACCAGUGGAUCCCAUCCCUAGUCCUUAAAGGCACUAGCAAAUUUGGGCCUAGCCCACGAAAGCUUAAGCCAUAAUAAAUGUGCUAGUCCUUAAGGACUAAAAUCUAGCUAGGGAUGUAUGAAUGGAUGCUGCAGAUAAGAAGUGGUAAAUGCUGUUUGGCCGCUGUGGGAAGCAAGAUGCCGGACUGGAUGGGCCUUCGGUCUGAUCCAUCAUGGCACUUAUGUUCUAAUGGCCCUGUGAGUGUAGAACUAGAAGUAAACUCGUGGUAGAAGGGCCGUAGCUCAGAGGCAGAGCACCUGUGUUGCAUGCAAAAGGCCACAAUUCAGUCCCUGGCAUCUCCAGGAAGGACUGGGAAUGUCCCUCCUCUGAAACCCUGGAGAGCCGCUCCCAGCGAGAGUUGACCGUACUAAACCAGAUGGAUUAUUCUUCCGACAACAGCUGGUAUAGCACAGUGGGGAGGAGAGCCUGGCUGGGAGGCCAGAGUCUGUGAGUUCAAAUCCCCGCUCGUGUCUCCUGGGUGUAAGGGGCCAGCUAAAGAUCACCCCCACAGUGAGUGGCUCAGGGGUUACGUCCCCUGCCACCUGUGCAGCCGUGGGCAAGCAGCAUAGUCCCAAGGAGCCCAGUUGCCCCCCAGCUGGCAGUUGCGGACGAGGAAUGGGCUGGUUUGUGCAGCUGUGGCAAGCUGAGCAGGCUCCAGCCAGUUGGGGAGGACUAGCCUCAGAGGGAGGCAAUGGCAAACCCCCUCUGAUUACCGCUUACCAUGAAAACUCUGUUCAUAGGGUCGCCAUAACUUGUGAUCGACUUGAUGGCAGUCCAUUCCCAUUUUCAUUCUUCUGACUCUGCCUCCUAUACAUGUUCCUAUGUAGAGUUUAUACUUGUGAAUUAGGCCAGAGGCUCAAAAUGCAAUCUGAUGAAUCAACAAGAUGUGGCAACUGUGCUAGAGCUGUGGCAAGAAUAACAUUCUUAAAAUAUAUAUUGGGCUGCACAUUUGUACGUUGGCUUCAUCUGGCUUGUGUGCUGCUGCAUAGAGCCGAGUGAAACAAGGUAUUUUGCCGUGGGGUGGGAUUUUCCUUGAGUGAAAACAAGUGCAUGCAACAAGCAAGCAAAUUCAGCUCUGCAUCUAAUUUUUAAAAUCUGCACAGGUUACCUAUGCAUACCGAUGACAUCUUUGCAUGUUUGAAAGAAACAUACUGUUGAAAUUCGGUGCAGAAAUCCAGUGCAUUUUGGCUGUAAACCACUGCUUCCGUCCUUGCCCAUCCCAUGUCACCAUAGUGGUGACACAGUCCCUUGGCUAAGGCAAGCCAGUCAGUCAAGAAAACGCAAGAGGCACCAUUUUAUAUUGGUGUUCUAUGAAAGAUGUGAGCUUCCUGAAAUGCGUUGGACUUCAAUAGCUAAUUGCCAUCACCCAUUGGCAACUCUCAAGGUCAUCUCUCCAGUUCUUCUACUGAUGUCGCGUCCUCCAUUUUUUUCUUCUGGAACAUGCAACAUUACUCUGCUUUUUGAAUGGAGCUAGAAGCAUUACUCCCUCGACUUCUGGUGCGGUUGCUGCUUGAAGCACAACAGCAUGGAAGUGGGGCCAGGCGGCAAGCAGUUUGUGUAAAAAGGCUGUCCUUUAUAUUGUCGGGUAUUUUCAUCAUGCCAGGGCCAACUCAUAUUGGGAAAUGUAUAUUGGCAUGGUGAGAAAUGCCAUAAGUACAUGGAAAGCCAUUUCGAACAACAGUCAUGUCCUGGUGGAUCUACCUCCACAUUGUUUGCAUUUCAAGUGGCGACCAGGGUACAGUAUGAACAUAUGAAUUGGGCCUCUGACUUGUUUUAUUAUGAAUCUUAAGAUCACUGAAAGCAGAGUAAACUCAGUUGGGCAAACACUCCUUCCUUGGAUUUUUUUCGUAAACAUUGAUAAUUUGCUAACCACCUGCAAAGUGACAUCCGAGGAGCAGAUUUAGCAACAUUCUUGUUUUAGGUGUCACUGCUGCAUGCUUGGGAGACCCUUCCAUUGGUAUCAAAUUUCUCCCUAUUUGUGCUCUGAAAGAGGCAAGCUGCAGCGAGUGAAGGAGCAAGAAGCAUAAGCCCUAGCUAGCUCCUUUUAAUGGAAGUUUCUAAUUAGUUCUAAAUGAAACACCUUUUAUGCUGCAGUCUAUUGAUAUUUGGUUAAUUUUUCAGUGAGGUGUGUGUACCUGUAUUAUACACAUUUGCAAAUACAUGCACAGGCGAAGGGCUGUUUAUGGUGAAACUUUGUUUACGUUCCAAGACUGCAUUGUCGGAUAGUUUCCAAGGCCACAUAAGAAGAGGGGAUUUGUCUGAAUGUGUCAUCUCAAUUCCUUUUGAAAUAAGCCUAUAAUUAGAGGCUGGAUUCUAGGAUUAAUCAUAGAUUCUAUUUGCAAGAACCACAUUCUGACAAAAAGCCAUAGAUCUACCUGUAUGGAAAAUUAUUCUGAUGGAUGUAUCGGGGAAGGGGUAUCAGAAAGCACUUUUAAUAUGGAGAGAGAAAGCCCAUUGCAGAGGGUUUCCUGAACCUGAUGCCCUGUUCUGACUUGCAUUGUUUUUGAUAGUGAUGCUGCAGAAAUUGCACCAGUGCCUGAGGAAGUCUGGACUACAUCAAAGUUUUGAGGGUGAGGAGCCCAGAUUCAUCAUGUCAGUUGUCCUGUCUUAGGAAUAAUUGAUCCUAUGGUCCUUCCAAUGGCUUUUUACCAGCGUUAAAGGCAGCUUCUUCGGUGGCCUCUCUGUUUCCAUUGUUGUUGCAAGCCUUGCGUUACGCUGUAGAGUUUUAUAAACAGCCAGAGCCAUCUCUUUAACAGAGGCAUAGCCCUACAUUCAGAAGUGCAGGACAAAGAUGCUUCCUAGUCACUAUUUUAAUUUGAUCACCUCUAUACCUGAACAAGAAGUAAGCACAUUGAUAAGGGAAACGGCAGUGCAAUAGGAUGGCUUAGGAAACCUGGCAAUACUUGAAGUAUACAAGAAGUAUGUAUGUUUAACAGUUCAGGUUCCAUAACUGAGCUAGAUUGGCUUGGAGUGAAACUACUUCUACAACAAUAUUGGGAGGAAGCCCAUGGAGGGUGGCAUAGCAGAGAGGUGAAGAACAUGAUAGUGGUACUCAGGCUCAUUGAGGGAGGCCCAUUUACUUCUCUCUUGUAUUUUGCCCUGUGCUCAACUACAGUUCAGGUUUUGAGUCCAGCCAGCUGAGCUCCAGUUGCAACAACUAUAAAAGCAUGUCUCUUUUCCCCUUCCUUCAUUUUAAGCCUGCCUCAGAGCAAAGCUCAUUGUGACAUGUUUGCAGUCACAUCUUACCUGCUCUUGGAUCCCUCUUUCUUCUCCGCCUCUCCUUCUCCUUAGUUUAGUAACCUUCCUUCACGUUGCUGGGAGAGUGAGAGAGAGAAAGAUACUGAGCUGAGAAAUCUGUGAACAAGCAUCCUAGCAUCCUGCCUCUGUGGAUGAGAGGCAGCUCAGAUACCCCUUCCUUUUUGUCUCCAAGUCCUCUUGGUCCUGAAGUUGUCCAAAGUGACAUUUAUAUCAUGUAUGAUUGUUCCUGAUUUCCCAAAGGGCUCCACCCUGCGACCCCGCAACCUUUCCAUCUCUCCCCAUGUUCACACAGACUUCCCUUGUUGCAAAACUGCACGCUGUGCGGGAGCCCAUGCAAUGCCUUCCUUUCCCACAAGUAGCUGCCCAAAUUUUUUUAAAAAAAUUGUUAUGUUUUCAAAUAUAGAUAUAUUAUAUGGAGAGCUUUACGAUCAGUAAAUUUGAGGGUAGGAGGUUGGGGGAGAGAGAUCCCUGAAUGCUUAACCACAGAGGUGGUUUAGUAUCUCAUAAAAUGAAAUAUGUAUCUAUGAAUAUAUAUAGAAAUAUAUAGGCAUAUAUCAGCUCUUUUCUCCUCAAUGGCUGCCAUUCGUUAUGCAAUGACGUUGUUGACAUGUCACUUCCUGAAAUAUAUGCAGAUCUGAGGUUCCCAACCCUCCCUUUCUCAACAGAGACUUUAGUGUAGGUUCUUCUGCCUUUUGAUAGCUACGUGAAGGGGAGGCAGAAAGGCGGAGAGAUGCUUCUACUCACUGGUAAGCCAACCAAUAAUUCACCGAAGUGCUCCUGUGAGCAGGUCCUCACAAGCUAGCAUUUUUGCCUGCCCCGUGGUUCCCAUGGCCCUGUGUUUUUGUUACCACAGGCCUGGGUGAGCUGUGGCGUUUCAUCUUUGUAUUCUGCUAUUUUUAAAAUAAACUAUGUGCAUUUAAAAAACUGGCACUUACCAACUUGUUCUUUCAGCCACUGUUCUUACCAAACAUAUAAUGUGCCUUUUUAUUUAUGCUGCAAAUGUAACAUUAAAAUAUUAAU